UUUCGAGAGACCGAACGGUGCAGUCGUCGGUCGCCGUGUGGAACAGACGAAAAUAACGGGAGCAGUAGUUGUUGUUGGCUGGCUGCCCCGCCGCCUUCCCCUUUGUCUGUCUGUCCGCCCCCGCGCCAUCAAGAGAAAGAGAGUGAGAACACAAUCGUGUUCGGUGAGUGGUGAGUCAAACAAAAAGAGAUAACGUCACGCAACGCAAGCAAAGAGAGCGAGAACCGAAAAAGUAGUGCAAAAGAAGCCAUUUUUCACCAUCAUCGCUCUGCGGUAGCAGCAAAAAGCAGUGACCGAAAGUUUCGAUCGGGUGAAAAUUUAGAAAACUGCGGUGAAAAUGUCCAAUUUGGUGUGGAAAUUUAGUGUAAAGUGCUAAACGGGAUGCCGCAGUGGUGAUCGAGUGUAAAAUUGAAGAAGUUCCGGAUUUCCUCGGUUUUUUCUUUGCGUUUCCGUCUCCGGUGGUCAUGUUGAAAAUUUUUUAGUUCAUUUUUUUUCCAUCCUUCACACUUGGUUGGUUUACGGUGCUGGAACAACGAAGGUCUAGAAGCGGAAAUCGACCUGAAGAAGCAGGUCCGGAGGCCGUCGGAAAAGAAGAGUGAGGUGCGCUGAAGGUAUGAUGACGAAGACAGCGGUCGGAAGCCAAAGCUAGUGGAAAAAUUAGAUCGAUAUUUUCCUCCAUCCAUCCGAUCCGGAGGUUAUUUUGUUGGGGAGGACAUUAUUCUAUUUUUUUUUUGGAUUAUCAUCCGUCAUCUGAGAAGGUGUGCCGUGGCGGACUCGGGUCCCGUUUCGGGCUGACGAAAAAACGAAGAAAAAGUGCAAUUUUUUGACGGUUCAACGGCACUUGAAUCCGCACACGAUUGUGUGUGGAGAAAAAAAAACACAACGAGGAGCACCACAACGCAGUCGGCAAGAUAGAUCGGCUGGUGGAAAGUGUUUCUUUAGUGCGAGGAGUGUCCACCAAUUGAUUUCACUCCAGGUUUUAAGUUCGUGUGUUCUUCGUGUUGGAACGUCCACGGAAAGUUUGUUUUACGUUUAGUCAAUUUUGAGGAAAAAAGUGUAUUAUCCACAAAGAAGAAAAAAAAAUCAGACGGAAGAAAGUUUUCUUCUCGAAGUGAGCAAAAGAAGAAAAAGCCUGAGCCUCGUCGGAACAACGGUAUCGACGGUUCUCUCACGAGAGAGUGAGACAUCGGCGAAGCAUCGUAGAAUAGUGACCUGUAUGUGAGAGAGAGCGUGAGCAAAAGAGCCGCAGAAAAAUGUCGGGCGAUCGAGAAAUUCCAGCCGAGGAUAGCAUCAAGGUGGUGUGCCGUUUCCGGCCGCUGAACGAUAGCGAGGAACGGGCCGGAUCGAAGUUCAUCGUUAAGUUUCCCUCGGGCCAGGAGGAGAACUGCAUCUCGAUAGGGGGUAAAGUGUACCUCUUCGACAAAGUCUUCAAACCGAACGCCACACAGGAAAAGGUCUACAAUGAGGCGGCCAAGUCGAUCGUCAGCGACGUGCUGGCCGGUUACAACGGCACGAUCUUCGCCUACGGUCAGACUUCGUCCGGUAAGACGCACACGAUGGAGGGUGUGAUCGGCGACCCGGGCAAGCAGGGUAUCAUUCCACGUAUCGUCAACGACAUCUUCAACCACAUCUACAGCAUGGAGGUGAAUCUGGAGUUCCACAUCAAGGUUUCCUACUACGAGAUCUACAUGGACAAGAUCCGGGAUCUGCUGGACGUGUCCAAGGUGAACCUGAGCGUGCACGAGGACAAAAACCGAGUGCCGUACGUCAAGGGCGCCACGGAACGGUUCGUGUCCAGUCCGGAGGAUGUGUUCGAGGUCAUCGAGGAGGGUAAAUCCAAUCGACACAUAGCGGUGACGAACAUGAACGAACACUCGUCCCGAUCCCACUCGGUGUUCCUCAUCAACGUGAAGCAGGAAAAUCUCGAAAAUCAGAAGAAACUUUCCGGCAAGCUGUACUUGGUCGAUUUGGCCGGUUCGGAGAAGGUCUCGAAAACCGGCGCCGAGGGAACGGUGCUAGAUGAGGCGAAAAACAUCAACAAAUCCCUGUCGGCGCUCGGUAAUGUGAUAUCGGCCCUGGCCGACGGCAACAAAACCCACAUCCCCUAUCGUGACUCGAAGCUGACGCGUAUCCUGCAGGAGUCGCUCGGUGGUAAUGCACGCACCACCAUCGUCAUCUGCUGUUCGCCGGCCAGCUUCAACGAGGCGGAAACCAAAUCGACGCUGGACUUUGGACGAAGAGCCAAGACAGUGAAGAACGUAGUCUGCGUGAACGAAGAACUGACGGCUGAAGAGUGGAAGCGACGAUACGAGCGGGAAAAGGAAAAGAAUGGCCGACUCAAGGGUAAGGUGGAGAAGUUGGAGGCUGAGUUGGCGAGAUGGCGAGCAGGCGAAACCGUUAACGUCGAGGAGCAGCUGGAUCUACAGGACGUCAUGGAAGCCAGCACGCCAAACGUGGAAGUCCUGUUGGAGAAGCCUCCAGAUCUACCGGUCCCUGCAACACCAAGCGGCCUAGCCAUGGUGGGUUCGAUUUCGGCGGACGAGCGAACGGCCCUGGAGCAGGAACGGGAACGCUUGUACCAGCAGCUGGAUGACAAGGAUGAGGAAAUCAACCAGCAAUCGCAGUACGUUGAGAAGCUGAAGGAACAAAUCAUGGACCAGGAAGAGCUCAUCGCCAACACCAGGAGGGACUACGAGAACCUUCAGGCGGAGAUGACUCGCAUCCAGCAGGAGAAUGAAAGCGCAAAGGAAGAGGUCAAGGAAGUUCUCCAGGCGCUCGAGGAACUUGCAGUCAACUACGACCAAAAAUCACACGAAAUCGAAUCAAAGAACAAGGAAAUCGAUUCCGUGAACGAUGAACUGCUACAGAAGCAGACCUCGCUCAACAGUGCACAGUCGGAACUGCAGCAACUGAAGGACAUGUCUGCGCACCAGAAGAAGCGAAUCAAUGAAAUGCUGAGCAACUUGCUGCGGGAUCUCUCCGAAGUCGGACAAGCUCUGGCUGCCGACCAGAACGAAAUGAAGCUGAAUGUGGAAGCAUCGGCUGGAAAACUGGAAGAAGAAUUCACCGUAGCUCGGUUAUACAUCAGCAAGAUGAAGUCCGAAGCGAAGAACGUUUCCCAGCGGUGUGCAAACCUGGAGAAUCUGCAGCAGGAAGCCAACAAGAAGGUGGGCGACUACGAGAAGGAUUUGAGCGAGUGCCGGCUGCUGAUUUCUCAGCACGAGGCUCGCAUGAAGUCCCUCCAGGAGUCGAUGCGGGAAGCGGAGAACAAGAAGCGUACCCUGGAGGAAAAUGUGGACGCCCUGCGGGAAGAAUGCGCCAAGUUGAAGGCCGCCGAGCAGGUGUCGGCAGUGAAUGCCGAAGAGAAACAGAAGGCUGACCAGCUGAAGGCUGCGUUCGAGAACCAGAUGGACCAACUGCGGGAUGCCCACACGAAACAGGUGGCCACACUUCGUGAUGAGAUUUCCGAAAAGCAGGAAUUCAUCAACGAGUUGAAGGAGUUAGUAUUUUUUACCAACCAGAAGCUAUCGCUUGCCCACCAGCAGAUGACGGCCGACUACGAGAAGCUGCGCCAGGAGGAAGCCGAAAAGUCCGCCAAACUGCAGGAACUAAUGCUUACAAACGAGCGACGAGAGCAGGCUCGUAAGGAUCUCAAGGGACUGGAGGACACCGUCGCCAAGGAGCUUCACACUCUGCAUGCUCUGCGGAAGCUCUUCGUGCAGGACCUUCAGGCCCGCAUCAAGAAGUCCAUCAACUCGGAGGAAACCGAGGACGACGGUGGCUCCCUAGCCCAGAAGCAGAAGAUCUCCUUCCUCGAGAACAACCUGGAACAGCUGACCAAGGUGCACAAGCAGCUGGUGCGGGACAAUGCCGAUCUGCGCUGUGAAUUGCCCAAGCUGGAGAAACGUCUGAGGACAACGAUGGAGCGGGUCAAGGCCCUGGAGACGGCCUUGAAGGAGGCCAAGGAAGGUGCAAUGCGCGAUCGCAAGCGUUACCAGUACGAGGUGGAUCGCAUCAAAGAGGCCGUGCGCCAGAAGAAUCUGGCCCGACGGGGACCGCAGGCCCAAAUCGCGAAACCGAUCCGUGCCGGUCAGGGACACAUUCUGUUCAAGACGGCUACCUCCGGCAGUUCACCGGUGACGCCGAAGGCGGUGACGGACGACAAGAGGAAAUCCAUUGUGAAAGAAUCCGACAGUUGAAUCGACUAAGCGCAACACCAACAUGCGCGGCUUAGCAAAACGCAACUCUCCAAGAGAAUUCAGAAACUGCUACCGUUUUAGCGCUAAAUUUCCACGCUGCAAUUAUUACUGUAAUAUCUACAUUAUGGAUAUUUAAAAAAAAAACUUAUACAACUAGUACUACAACUACGGCAAACAGCAAACUACAGCAACUACUACAGUGACGACGGAAACGUGUGUAUCUCGUGGUCCUCCUCGCGCCCUUUACAAUGCCACUUGUAGACGACGGUGGAUGGAGAAGAUGACGAAGGUACUAUUAUUAUUUCAGCAAAGCCAGAUUGAGCAUGAAAAAGUUUUACCGCCAGCAGAGGCAACACAAUUUACAACAACAGAUGAUCUACUCAUAAAACAACAAAACUAUUUUUUGUCCUAGAUGUUAAGCACCAAAUAAAAUUAUGAAUAAAAUCCAGUUUAGAAGGAAAAGAAAAAUUACCCGACCGGACAACAGGUUUUGGCAUAAAUAAAAAUUUGACGAAAUGAAUUUGGAAAUUUGGCGUGAUAUAAACGUUUGAUGGGAAAAACAAUAGAUGAUUGUAACAAUAUACUGUGAAAUGGCAUAGCAUGCGCAGUUUGCUGGACUUAGAUGUGAACAACUCUAACAUUACUGACCGGAAUGCAGCAAAAGCUAAUAAAACAAUGAAGAACAAUGUUUAUUCUCUUAACCAACCAAUCGCUUAGAGGUCAAGUCAGCAGAAGUAUAUAACCUUGGCUAUCUUUGUGCUAAAAUGCUCUGAAACUACAAAACCGCAACAGCUGGCACCAGUAACAACACACGCUAUUUAUUAAAUUAUUGCUUAUUUUUAACAACACACACAAAACGAAUAGAAAUCAAUCAAGGUUAAUAUAUAAAAGAAGGGACUAUUAAAAACAUCCACCAUGCACUCAAAUAUAGGCUACAUACAAAAAUGAAAUUGUCGCGCGAAUAGCAAUAGGCAGCGAACGGAAAUUCCCUUUCUUGAAAGUCAAACAGCAGCAGUUUUGUUCCGUUCGGUUUCGUACGUAUUUAGUUGGGUUUCGGGAAACGAGUGAUUUUCUUUUAGUUUAAUUUUAUGUUUGCACGUGUAAUCAAAAAACGAGUUUCUGUUCCUUUUUAGGUAAAAUUUUCAAGUAUUGUGAAUGAUUUACAAGCAAAGCAUCAGUUGAUUGAGCAAAAGUUUUCCCAAAGUUAUUUUAGAAAUCACAGAAAACAAUAAAUUCAUCAUUUAUGACAACCGCACUUUUACUCACGAUCCUAUCAUUUUCUUUGUUUCGAUUUUGCAAAGCUAUCAUACCACAUUAUAGGAUAUUUUUUUUUUACAAUCAAUCAUGCCGCGCGUAACGAUAGGAAUAAUACUAUUAAAACAAAUCAGCUUCAAACCAGCUUUGAUUCAACGUUUCUCGCGGCGUCAUCGUUGCAAUAUACUAUGGCUUAAGAAAUCAGGAUUCAAAAACAAACAAAAAAACGUUUAAAAGGCUGUUCCCAUGAAGAACGUGUUGCUGGAUUUCUUUGUGAUUUUAGAACUACGAUCAGACGGAGUGGCUCGCAUGCUCGCAGAGUGCUCACUCUCUUGGAAGAUUUGAUCUAUCUGUAGAAUCUGCCGGCAACAUACACCUAAUAUUUAAAAAGAAAAAAAUAUAGAAGAGAAGCUACAACAAAAA